AUGAAGCGAGACAGCUUCGGUGCACAUCAAUAUCCUCCUGGUCCGCCCGCGAUACCCGUGCUUGGAAAUAUCAUGACCAUUCCGAAGACGGGAGCAUGGAAAUUCCUUCUGAAGCUGCAUCGCGACUGUGGAGAACCUAUCUUCUUUCGCGGCUUGGGGAACAGCGUCCUUGUUCUCAACACAAUGACCUCCAUAACGGAUCUGCUCGACAAGCGAGGCGAGAACUAUUCUCAUCGGCCGGUAUUGACUGUGCUAGGGGAACUGAUGGGAUUGGAUCGUAGCAUGCCGAUGUUACCGUACGGCCGUGAGUGGCGAGAGCAGAGAAAGCUCGCCCACGUUGCCUUGAACCCCUCUGCCGUGAGAAAGUACUGCAUCGUGCAGGAGAACCUAGCUUCUAUAUUAGCGCUUGAUAUUCUCACGUGUCCCGAGGGAUUCUUUGAUCAUGUACGACUUUACGCGGAGCGUAUAAUAUUCUCCGUGGUAUAUGGUGUUGAUAUCGAUGGUUCCAGUAAUGAAUAUGUCACUCAAGCAGAAGAAACCAUGCAAAUUGUGGGUGACGCAAUGGUCCCAGGGGCAUUUAUUUGUGAUUUGUUGCCUUGGAUGAAGUAUCUUCCUUCCUGGUUGCCUUUUCGAAAGCAGGCACUUUAUGGGAGAAGCAUGAUCGAGACCCUUGUUACCAGACCCUUUGAACACGUUCAACGAGAGAUGAUGAAAGAUAUUGCUGCGCCAUCUCUCACUCGAGAACUAUUGACCUUGCGAAAUAACGCCCCCGCGUCUUUUGAGAGUUCCGUCAAGUGGGCAACUGGAUCUUUAUAUGGUGGUAGGUAUCAGACUUGGACGUACGCCACCAUCCUUACUUUCAUCAUGGCAAUGGCAAUGAAUCCCGAGACUCAACGUAAAGCCCAAAAGAAGAUCGAUGAAAUUGUAGGGAUGCACAGACUUCCCGUCGUCUCGGACAAGACAGAGUUGAAAUACGUAGCAGCCGUCAUCAAUGAGACAAUGAGAUGGCAUCCUGUGUUACCGCUGGGCAUCGCUCGCCGUACGGACCACGACGAUGUGUACAUGGGAUACUUCGUACCAAAAGAUACUGUCGUUUUCCCUAACGUGUGCGACACAUACGAUCCCGAAAAAUUCAUCCCGGAACGGUUUCUCGACCCCUCCGAAGCAGCGGACGAUCCUUCCACUUAUUUGUUUGGAUUUGGAAGAAGAGUCUGCCCGGGUAAAUAUCUGGCGGACAACUCGACCUUCAUUGCAAUCGCAACUAUCCUGUCUCCCAAUAUGAGCUGA